AUGGCGGCGCCGCUGGACUCACCAUCUACCUUCUCUAAGGAAGAAAUCCUUGAUGCUCCAGAUGAAAUCCCACAGGCAGAGGGCCUGCCCGCCACACUACAGGUGGAAGACUUAGCGGUCCUGGCCACCAAGGGCGACAUUAAGGCCCUGAUGUUGAACAUAUGA